AUGCCGCGACGGCCAAGCCGCGUUGCGCAACCGCUGCUGCUGGGCCUCGCCCUCUGCUGUCUCGCGGCCCCGGCCGCUGCCGGCUGGACCAAGGCCACCAUCAAUGCCGACCCUUCCACCAGCAACCUCAUGUCUGUGGCCUGGUUCGACGACUCCAUAGGCGUGGCCAGGACCACCGACGCCGGGCACACCUGGGUCAACGUCAGCGUGACCGAAACGGAGGCGGUCUACGGCCUGAGGAGCAACCUCCAGCUGUGGUCGGUGGCUCCAGCCACGCCCACCGUGGGCUACCUCGGCGGCACCUCCUCCCAGCUGAAUGCCUCGGGCAACUCCUGUACCUUUAUGGCCAAGACCACAGACGCGGGUGCCACCUGGACGCGCCUCGACCUGAGGACUCCAAAGCAAAUCACGAAGACGUGCUACAGCUUGGUUGCAGUGGACGCAGACCGAGCGUGGUGUGCCGCGGCAGACGGCUACCUGAUCAAGACGGACAACGGGGGCGCGAGCUGGACUGCGGUGAAUGGCACCGAGACGCAGCUGCCGGCCGGCUCCGACCUCAGGUCCAUCUGCGCCAGGGACAGCGGCCAGAAGCUGUGGGCGCUGGGCAAGGCGGUACCGUCCGACGGCAACCGCACCGCAGGUAUCUACUCCACUGACUCGGGCGCCACCUGGCAGAAGCUCAGCAUGCCCGCCGACAGCGCGCCGGGCCUGGAGCCUCGCUCCCUGUCCUGCGUGUCCUCUCCCAUGAUGACGGUACUGUCGUGCACGUUGGCGUCCUGCACCCUGGCCGGUACCACCGUGUACAGCGUGGCGUACGUGAGCGAGGACGGGCCCUGGGUGAUCUCCAGCCCGUACAAUGCCAGCGGAGAGAGCUUCUCGGCAGUUGCCAUGCGGGAUACCGGUACCACCACCCUGGGCAUCGCUGGCGACUUGAGGCGCAACCUGUACUACUGUGCGGGCGAAUCCUGCAUGUGA